CUUAACGAACAACUCGAUCGUACUCAUAAAGAAAACAAAAUAUUAUCAGAUGAAAAUUCUUUCUUUCGUAAAAAAGUUACAUCAUUUCAACAACAAAUCAGUAACAAUCAUAAUGAAUGCGUUCGCCUUGAAUCGGAAUUAUAUCAACAAGUGCAAGAAUUAGAAAGGUUAAAAAAAGAAAAUGUUGGAUUCUUGAAAAAUAAACGGGAGGUUGAAAGGAAAUUGAGAGAGGAGACACAAGCAUUUGAAAAAGAUCGAAUUGUGUGGCAAGAACGUGAAUCAGAAUUGCUUGAUCAAGCAAAGGCAUUACAAGAAACCAUCAAUGUUCUGGCACAUCAAAAUGAGCAAGUUUCACAAAAGAAAAAUGAAGAUAUUUCACAUUAUACCACUGUUCGUGAAUUAAAGAGUGCUCAACGAACUAUCAAAGAGAUAGAACGACGUAAUAAUGAAAUAUCUGGUGAGCUUGAUAAAGCCAAACAAGCAACCACAGAAUCAAUGAACCUUAGCAAGAGUCAUGUACGUAGAAUUCAACAAUUAGAGAAUGAAUUAUCUCAAGUGAAACACAUGAAUCAAGCGUUAAUGGAAGAAAAUGAAGGAUAUCAAUUAUUAUUGCAUGAAAAGACAAUGAAAGGCGAAUUUAUGUUGAACCCCAUCAUGCAGCGUAAUGGUAUAUCCACAGAAAAAAAAUGUACGGGUACCAUUGAAAAGGUUACAAAUGGUUCUGAGAGUUUGCCCUCACUUGAUGAAGAUAUAGUUAAAACUAAAAAUUCAAAUGCAACAGACUUGGCUGCUGAGUUGGAUCGUGCAUCUUUGUUUACCAACUAUUUACAUGGCGAACGCGUUCAUAAAGAAAGCGAUACCACGAUGAUUGACAAAUUUCAAGAUAAAAUUCAGUCACUUACAUACGACAAUAAAUGUUUGAGACUUUAUAUUGAAAAGAUUCUUAACCGUAUUGUUGAGACUCAAUCUGUAGAAAUUUUGUCUUCCGAAUCAGAAUGGAAGAAACCAUCCGCGUCAAGCCAUGAAAAUAAAACUAAGAAAAUUGAAAGGCGUAAGACUGUGUCCGUGUUACACUUCCGUAGCACCUCUCAACCUCAAAGUACCUUUACACCAAACAAUAAAAUAAUAGCUGAAGAGCCUGAUAAGAUUUAUCCCUUACCAAGUGAAACAAAUUCAAAUGAAGAUACAAUUACUCUUGGUGAUGCACCAAAACGUGUACAAAGAAGAAAUUCUUCAUCAGGUACUAAGAAUGCAAAACGUUUUAGCAUCUUUAAUUGGGGAUCUACAAAAGAAGAAAGGAAGGAAGAUCCAUUUAUGAGACCUAUGAUCCUCGUACAAGAAAAGGAGAGGAAAGAAUAA